UUCAUGACAAGUGAGUAGUUUCUUCAACUUACUACAUUGUCAAAUGAGUCAUCAUUGGUUUGUAAAUACCUUCAUUUUAUUGGUUGUCCAGAAACAUUUUCAAAAUGUUUGAAACGUGAAACAGAUGUCAUGAUUUAUCAAGGUAUCUUCUGUCCAAUAUUGUGAUUUCCUAUCUCAAAUAGAGUAUCUGAAAAAAAUGCAUGGUUUGUUGUAAAGCAGUAUUAAUUGGGAAAGACAAUUUCUCUGAAGUUCUAAGACUUUUAUUGUCUUCAUAUGAACAUCAAGCCUGUAAUACAUAUGAAUAUUGUUAAAAUGUUUUUUAUAUUAUCUCAAAACACAUAAAAAUAACCAGAUCCCUCCUGUGAUAUCUGGCUAGCCAGAUAUCUGAAAAUGUCUCUCUUCAGCAGAGGUACAGGAUCAAAGCUUUGUACAACUCAGGUCCCUCUAUGAUUUUAGACAAUUGGAUGGAGUGAUGGACACUGCUAAUCUAACCUGAGCCAAUCUGAACCUGUUUACUUUUAAAGUCACCAUAGAAACCAAAUGUAUUCUAGUCUUAGGUAUGUUAGAAGAAAGUGAUGUCAUCUCAAACCUCUGAGAGGGGACAGGAAAGAUAACAGAUGAGUGGUCUUGUGGAGGACAUUCCUUCAGUAAUCCCUGAGUCAACGUCCACUACUGGGUGGGACUGGGGCCAGAGAACCAAGAUGUGUUCUUGUAAUAGAUUCUUCUAGUGCAGCUCAGUAAAGGUCGGUUUGCUUGUUUUUAUUAAAAGCAUGCUUAGAUAUCCUUGCCUAGAAUGAUGAAUUAUUCCUGUUAACUUAAUACCUUCAUCAAACCAUGCAUGCUACUAUAACAUAAAUCAAAAUGUUUGUAAAUGACUGCAUUAGCCUGGGAAGGAACUGUGAAGCCUUUGUGUAUGUGGGUAGUUUUGAAGACAGGAGUAAUGGAAAUCUCAGGAAGCCGAGGCAAGAUCUUAAGUUCAGGACUAGGCCUCAAGACCCUCUCUAGUUAGGACAAGCUUGUGUUUUUGCUUUAAUGGAAAGUUGAUUUAGACACUGCAUGUUAUUUCAAGUGAUUACUGAAGUAGUAUAGAGAACUGCUACCUAGGAAAAUGCUGUCUUGCUUAUCCAGCUUAUUAUAAAAAUGAGUUAAGAUCCCAACAAAACAAGCAUCUACAAUAGGAGGAAAAUGCACACAAUUUUGUGUUUUAUUCUAUGAUGGAUUAAGCAAAUAUUUACUGAGCAUCCUCUGUGUCCCAAGGAUUAUUUGAGAUAUUGGGUUUCAGCAGUGAAGCAAACAAUGCUGUAGUACUUACAGGUUACACAAGGAAAGCAAAUGUAUUCAUCUAUGGUACAUGUGAUGAAAACACCAGAGAGGAAAAAUAAAGAGGUGCUUCCAUAUGAGUUUUCCCGCAGGUGAAAACUUUCAUGAAAUUGUAAGUUCCUGAUCAUGUCUAUGUACAAAGUGUAUCAUAAACUGGAACUAACAUGUAGAAUUUUUUCCUUUAUGAAACUCAACCAAUGGGAACCACAACUGUGUUACCCGGCAGACAUAAAAUUACAAAGAAGCCCCAGAAGUACUGACUCCACUUUAUGGGGCAUUUUAAUUUGCAUGGCUAUGUGUCACUAAUUGUACAAGAUGACUGAUCAAUCCGUACUAUGUCUUCUUUCAUUUCUCGGUUUCCCCUAGAGCGACCCAACACCGACUGCAGGGUUUCUAGUAGGCAGCUUGUCUAGGUUGUUUCCUCGUGUGUUUUUCAGAAUCUGACACAUCAACAACAAGAAAUCUCUUUUUUUAAUGUGGGACUACAUAAUCAAAAUAGGACUACAUAAUCAAAAUAAUGUUGUUUUGUGAUUGAAUUUAUUUCCAAACCCUGACAACCAGACUGUAAAAAGAAUGGAGCCAUGUAGCGAUCUGUUGAGAAGCAAAAUCAACGCAUGGUGGCGCUGCAGGCUAAGACUUAGAAAAGGGCAAACGCGGAAAAGAAAAAAAAUGCUUCCUUAGACCUCUGGCUGGAAAAAACCUGAGACAGAACUCAAACCAUUAAAUCUCCAGCGACUGCUGCUAACCCACACUUCGAAACAGGCUAUAAACUGACAGAUCAGCCGCUGUCUGGGUGUCCUUGCAUCCUGGGUGCGGAAGCAAAGAUGAUGACUGGAAGGGAGCCCAGACCAAGGCAAGUUCUUUUGAUCUUUAUUUUACUGGGAGUGGCUGGGGCCGGCUGGGAGCCCCUCCGUUAUUAUGUGUUGGAGGAAACACCGGGCGGCACGUUUUUGGCUGAUCUAGUCAAGGACCUAGGGCUGGGACUUGCAGAGCUAGCUGCUCGAGGAGCCCAGGUGGUCUCUGAGGAUAAUGAAUCAUGCUUGCAGCUUGACCCUCAGACUGGAAAGCUAAUAUUAAAUGAAAAACUGGACCGGGAGGAGCUGUGUGGCCCCACUGAGCCCUGUGUCACUCAUUUCCAAGUGUUACUGAAAAAGCCACUGGAAAUAUUUCGAGCUGAGCUACGAGUGGGAGACAUAAAUGAUCACUCUCCCGAGUUUCCUGAAAGAGAAAUGGCCGUGAAAAUCAUAGAGAACAGCCCCGUUGGCUCUGUGUUUCUACUUAAAAGCGCUCAGGACUUGGAUGCGGGCAACAACAGCAUUCAGAACUAUAGCCUUAGUUCCAAUUCUCAUUUCCACGUUUCCUUCCGCAACCGAGGUGAUGGGAAGAAAUACCCAGAGCUCGUGCUGCAAAAACAGCUUGAUCGCGAGGAGCAGGCAGAGUUCAGAUUGACUCUGACAGCGCUGGAUGGCGGUGCUCCGCCCAGGACUGGCACCUCCCAAAUACGGAUUAUUGUCGUGGAUGUCAAUGACAAUGCCCCUGAGUUUGUGCAGGCGCUCUAUCAGGUGCAAAUUCUAGAGAACAGCCCUGUGGGUUCCCUGGUUGCUAAGGUCUGGGCCAAGGAUUUAGACACUGGGACAAACGGAGAAGUAUCAUACUCUCUUUUACGUAGUUCUCAGGAGAUGAGCAAAACUUUUGAGCUAAAUGCCAUGUCAGGAGAGGUUCGACUGAUUAAGACACUCGACUAUGAGACAGCAUCUUCAUAUGAAGUAGACAUAGAGGCAUCCGAUGGAGGAGGGCUUUCUGGAAAAUGCUCCGUUUCUAUUCAGGUGGUGGAUGUCAAUGAUAAUUACCCAGAACUAACUAUUUCAUCGCUCACCAAUCCCAUCCCAGAAAAUUCACCGGAAACAGAAGUGGCUCUGUUUCGGGUUCGAGACCGAGAUUCUGGGGAAAAUGGAAGGACAGUUUGUUCCAUCCAGGAUGGUGUUCCCUUCACACUAGAACCUGUUGAGAACUUCUAUAGACUGAUGACAGAAGGAGCACUGGACAGAGAGAGCAGAGCUGAGUACAACAUCACCAUCACAGUCACCGACCUGGGCAUACCCAGGCUCACAACCCAGCACACCAUAACAGUGCAGGUGUCUGAUGUCAACGACAACGCCCCCGCCUUCACACAAACCUCCUACACCCUGUUUAUCCAGGAAAACAACAGCCCCGCCCUGCACAUAGGCACCAUCAGCGCCACAGACUCAGACUCAGGCUCCAAUGCCCGCAUCACAUACUCUCUGCUGCCCAGCCACGACCCGCAGCUGGCCCUGGACUCGCUCAUCUCCAUCAACGCGGACAAUGGGCAGCUGUUCGCGCUCAGGGCCCUGGACUAUGAGGCCCUGCAGACCUUCGAGUUCCUCGUGGGCGCCACAGACCAAGGCUCGCCUGAACUCAGCAGUCAGGCUCUGGUGCGCGUGCUCGUGCUGGACGCCAACGACAAUGCGCCCUUCGUGCUCUACCCGCUGCAGAAUGCAUCUGCGCCCUGCACAGAGCUGCUGCCCAGGGCGGCGGAGCCAGGAUACCUGGUCACCAAGGUAGUGGCUGUGGACCGCGACUCUGGUCAGAAUGCCUGGCUGUCGUUCCAGCUGCUCAAGGCCACUGAGCCAGGGCUGUUCAGCGUGUGGGCUCACAAUGGCGAGGUGCGCACCUCCAGGCUGCUGAGUGAGCGCGAUGCUCCCAAGCACAGGCUGCUGCUGCUGGUCAAGGACAAUGGCGACCCUCCCAGGUCUGCCAGUGUCACUCUGCAUGUGCUGCUGGUGGAUGGCUUCUCUCAGCCCUACCUGCCUCUGCCCGAGGUGACGCACGAAGGCGCACAGGAGGAUGACUUGCUCACACUGUAUCUGGUCAUCGCCUUGGCGUCUGUGUCUUCGCUCUUCCUCUUGUCUGUGCUGCUGUUUGUGGGGGUGAGGCUGUGCAGGAGGGCCAGGGCAGCCUCUCUGAGUGGCUGCUCUGUGCCUGAGGGACACUUUCCUGGUCACCUGGUGGAUGUAAGUGGUACAGGGACCCUUUCUAAGAGCUACCAGUAUGAGGUGUGUCUGUCAGGAGACUCUCAAAGUAAUGAGUUCAGAUUCUUGAAGCCCAUGUUUUCCAAUAUUCUAGAACAAAACUGUGGUGGGCAAUCAGGAGAUAAUCUACCCUUCCCAAGUAGUUUAGGCAUGUGAAAUUUCAUAUUUCACUUGGUGUGUAAUUCUGACUCUAGAUUUUGUGGGUUUUUUUUUCAAAAAUUGGUAGUAGUGUUUAUUUGUAUUUGUUUUUCCUUUUCUCUACUGGUUUAAGUAGUAUUGUUUGUUCAGUAUUUUGUUAACUGUGUAAGUAUUCUUCCAGUUCUGUUGUUAUUGAACUGUUACAUUCGGAAACUCCAUGUUCAAAGGAAUAUGAAUUUCUUCUAAUGUGCAUAAUUCUAAUUUUAAAAGUAUAUUUCCUGGUCUAGGGGAACAGAUAGCAUUUAUAGAGUGCUGUAUUGUUUGUUGGAGACCCUAGGUUGGAUCAUCCUGUAAUUCCAGCACUUGGAGAUGCAGGUAGGCUAUCAGGAAUUCAAGGUCAUCUACUACUAUAGAGAAUUCAAGCUUAUCUCAACAAAAAGAUACAUUCCUGAGAGUGUGAUGUCACCGAAGAAUGUACAAUUUCUUUUAAAUCACACUUCAUUUUAAAAUUGGAAUCCCCUAGUUUUUUUCAUUUUUGUUUUUGUUUUUUUGCACAGCUGAGACUUCAGUAGCAGUUCAUAUUGGAAUAAGUUCAUAUUCAUCAAUGCCAAGUUCCAGAUUAUGUUUUCUAUUUUCCAACAGGAAGUAACAAGGUAGUUUCAAUCUUUUCAAAGAUUUUACUGUAAAUAUUGUCCUAUGAAUAAUAUAUCCAUAUGGUGUAUUCUUCCUUGUCUAAAGUAACAUAGACUUGUUCGUUGUCUUUAGUUGGUGGGAGUGCUUGGCAUGUUGCUCUGAGACUAUCUGUGUCCAGGAAGUUUCUGUAAAGCCAUUAGACUCCAAGACUCUGGUUAGCUUCUGGUGGUAUGGCAUGCCAGCAUCUACUUGCUUUGGUUGACAGCAUUGCUCUGAUUGAUAAGGACUUUGGAAAAAAGUGCAUUACAAAAUUAACAUUAGUUAUCCAAACAAA